AUAGGCUGAUAUAUGUGACCUGCAAUCGCAUUUCACGACCGAAGUCCCCCGUCGGGCCCUCCAGGUGCCCAUGGUCCUCAAGGCCGUUUUGUCCCUAUCCGCACGACACGAUGCAAUCAUGUCGGGCUCAAGCGACGUAGAAGCGUCCGAAUACCACGGACAAUGUCUAGAACUGCUAAUCGCAGUACUUGCUCAGCCAGAAGGAUAUGACGACAACCUCUUGAUUACCGUAGUGAUCCUGCGGUUCUAUGAGGAACUGGAAAACAGCACAGACGAAAAGUACCACCUCCUAGGUUCCAACCGACUACUCAACACCAUGUCCAAAUCCGCCUCUUCCGGCGGCCUAGCUGAAGCAGUCAGCUGGCAGUUCCUGCGCCAGGCCAUCUACGCCUCGGUCGUGCAGUAUCAACCGAUGUCGCUGGACCUGGAGAACUACGAGCAUUCGUCCGUGUUCCAACGCAGCGACGACGCAGCCUAUGCAAACGUGAUUAUCUUUCUCUGCGCUCGUGUCAUCCAGCUCUGCGCGCGAACUGACACAGAGGCUAUGGAUGAAUCGGCCUGGCAUCAGAUCGCUCAUAGCGUGGAACAUUGGCAUCGCGCAAGGCCAAUCUCAUGGCAACCACUGCGGUAUCGACCAGCCGAUCCAGCAGAGAGCCGUCCAUUCCCAGAACUAUGGAUGAUGUCGCCGCCAGCGGUGGUGGGAUUGCAAUACUACCACGCAUCAUGCAUAUUCCUAACCUCAUCAGACGGCCACUGGCAAACCGUCGGCGACUACGAUCUCGCGCGACUGCGUCGCCAAUCCGAGAAAACUAUCGCGUCGCAUUUGAACAUGGUAAUUGGCCUAGCGCUGUCGAACGAAACAGUCGAGAACGCAUUCUUCAUGGCGUGCCAUUUGGUACAUCGCUAUGGAUACUGUCUUCGGCACCCUGCCGAACAGCGCGGGUCGCUCAAGUUCCUGGCCCAUGUGGAAAAACGCGUUGGCUGGCGGACAGCGUGGAUGGUGGAGGAAUUAGAGCAGCAGUGGCAGGAGCUGUCGACAUUGGAUUCAUGGUAGCGUUCGUAUAGAGUACUUCAAUAGAGAUAGAGUGACAUGUAUAUGUAUUUUCCUUGAUAUGGAUCGAGCAAGCGGAGACAAACAAUGCUGCCUGUGCCAAAAAUAGACAUCCGGGAUGUUUAGCCGGCAUCAACAAAGUCUAAUAAAAUUUGACGGACAUGC